CCCCGCCCCGAGUGCCGGCCACGCGGGAAGCCCGAGCGCUCCUGGUCCGGUCGGGCCGCGCCGGGCUGGCUCUGGCGGGGAGGAGCGCACCGCGGCCCGCCCGGGCUCCCUGCUGCACUUAGGUCGUCUGUGGCUCGCCUCCUGCGGGGUCCGGGGGACAGCCUGCGGGGCCGAGACCCCAGCUCCCGCCCUCGGGUCCGGGGGGCGCGCCCCCGCCGCGGUGGGGCCCGAGGAGCCGUGCGCACCGGCCGGGGCGGGGGGCACGGGAGCGACCGGCUGAAAUCCGCGGGGAGCCGCGGCCGAGGGGAGCCGCGGAGGCCUGGGCGCUGCGGAGGCGGAGCGGGGGUCCCGCGCUGCUGCUGCUGCUGCUGAGGGCUGUCGGAGCUCGGUUCCCCGCCGCGGGCCGGGAGCGCGGAAGGGAAGGACCAGGCCGGCCUCGGGGCCGAGUCGACGCGACCGAGGGCGGGGCUCUCUCGGGUCGGCGUCCGGGAGCCCCGGCAGAAGGGGCGGGCGCAGGGCGCAGGGCGCAGGGCGCAGUCGGGAGGGUCUCCCGCAGGAUAACGGACAGCGGAGGACUCGAGGGCUUGGCAGGGGUCGCAGGGUCGCAGGGUCGCAGGCCCCUCGUCCGCGGCGGCAGGGACUGGCGGGCGCCGCCCUGGCAGGCGCAGGCGCAGGCGCUUUGGGCGCGGGAGACGCGCGGUGCACGGGACACAGCGUCCCGCGUGUCGAGGCGCUCGCGGUGCUCGGGCCAGGAGAGGCGGACACGGAAGACGUGGCGCGGGGAUCGGUGCCGGGGAGGGGGGUGCGCACUGACGGGCGGCCUCUGGGGUGGACCAGGACCCCUCAGGGAAAGGAGGGGGCAGCGCAAGCUCCUUGCGGCGGAGCCUUCCCAGCGGAGGCGGGUGGCGCCGGUGGUUGGGGAAGAGCCGCAGAGGAGGCCGCUGUGCAGUCACGGGGCGGCCCGCAAGGGGGACAGGCCAGACUGUGUGGGGCCCUCGGGACAUUUUCGUGGAAGCUGACAUUACCUACUAAAAAUUUUUUAAGGCUUUUAUUUAUUUAUUCAUGAGAGACACCAAGAGGGGCAGAGACAUAGAGGGAGAAGCAGGUUCUCUGUGGGGAACCCGGUGUGGGACUCGAUCCCAGGACCCCGGGAUCACAACCUGAGCCGAAGGCAGAUGCUCAACUGCUGAGCCAACCAGGUGCAGGAGAACUCGCCAGCCCAGCAAGCGGGCCUGGAGCCCUACUUUGAUUUCAUCGUCACCAUCGGGCACUCGAGAACAAGGAGAAUGACACACUGAAGGCUCUGCUGAAGGCCAAUGUGGAGAAGCCUGUGAAGCUGGAGGUGUUCAAUAUGAAGACCAUGAAGCUGCGCGAGGUGGAGGUGGUACCCAGCAACAUGUGGGGUGGCCAGGGCCUGCUGGGAGCCAGCGUGCGCUUCUGCAGCUUCCGCAGGGCAAGCGAGCACGUGUGGCAUGUGCUGGACGUGGAACCCUCUUCACCUGCCUCACUGGCUGGCCUGCGCCCCUACACAGACUAUGUGGUUGGCUCAGAUCAGAUCCUCCAGGAGUCCGAGGACUUCUUUACACUCAUCGAGUCCCACGAGGGGAAGCCCUUGAAGCUGAUGGUUUACAACUCCGAGUCCGACUCCUGCCGGGAGGUGACUGUAACUCCCAACGCAGCCUGGGGUGGAGAGGGCAGUCUGGGGUGUGGUAUCGGCUACGGGUAUCUGCACCGGAUCCCAACCCAGCCUUCCAGCCACCACAAGAAGCCACCUGGUACCCCGCCACCUGAUGUCCUGCCACCUGAUAUCCCACCAGCCAGACCCACACCCCAGGACUCUCCUGCCCCUCCUGGCCCAGAAAGAGGCUCCGGGCAGGGUGACUACAUGGAGGCCCUGCUGCAGGCGCCCGGCUCCUCCAUGGAGGUACAGCUUUCUGAGCCUGGGAGUCCCAGCCUCGGCGCUCCAGACCUUGGGGGACUUCCAUGUCCCAUGGAGACUCUUCAGCCUCCACCUCCAGUGCAGCGCGUCAUGGACCCAGGCUUCCUGGACGUGUCGGGUAUCUCCCUCUUGGACAGCAGCAAUGCCAGUGUCUGGCCCAGUCUGCCCUCUUCCACAGAGCUGACCUCCACAGCUCUCUCAGCCUCCGGGCCUGAGGACGUCUCCAGCAGUGGUUCUCAUGAGCGUGGUGGUGAGGCCACAUGGUCUGGAUCAGAGUUUGAGGUCUCCUUCCCGGACAGCCCAGGCAUCCAGGCCCAGCCAGACCACCUGCCUCAGCUAACCCUUCCUGACAGCCUCACCUUUGCAGCCUCACCGGAAGAUGGGCUGUCUGCUGAACUGCUCGAAGCACAGACUGAGGAGGAGCCGGCAAGCACAGAGAGUCCAGAUUUCGGGGCAGAGGCUAAGGGGGCAGCCAGCCAGGCCCAGCUCUCCACCCCCGAAUAACACCGUAGGCUGUGUUGAGGCCCCUGAUGGCAUCUCAUGAGGCCUAGACGUGGGUUAGCAGCUUAGGCUACACUAUGCAGCCCAGUCCCUCCCUGAUCCCGGCCCAGCACGUACAGCUUCCUAGGCAGUGGCUCCCCAGAUGUGCAGGGACUUCUGCAGGGGAGGGCUUGUGUGUCCACAUAGACCCUCCUGGUGUCCAAGAAUGACCUCCCAGCAUUAAUUCUGCCUGAUGGUCCUGGCUUUGGGGAAUCUUGGGGCAGUGGAGGGCUGGGAGCAGUGCCCAGAUGAAGUUUUGCAGGAGCUGGGGUAGGAGAGGAAAGGAUUCUGCUGCUUGGGUGGUGCAGAGAGCUUCAGGGGGUAGGAGGAGGCAGCGUGGGCCUGGAGGAAGGGCAUCUUUUGGCCGCAUAGCUUGAAGUCCAGUGCUCCUGCUGUGGUCACUCUGGCCGCCCUGGAGACAGCAGGGUCCACACAGGGUCAGGUGUGCACAUGGAGCGGAGGAGCAGGGAAUAGGUUGGAGGGUUUGCCUGACAUUUUGUAGGGCUUGCCUUGAAUCUCGUACAGCUCAGUUAGCCGUGUGUGUGCUGGAAGGCAACCCCCUGCCCUGGGGACCCCUGAAACCCCCGUGACUGUCCUGUCAUGUGCUCUCAUCUCUGUGCUACACUCCACAGUUGGCUCAGGCUGACCCGCACCAUCCCAGCUGGAGAGAAGCAGUAAGCUUGUCCACCUCUCCGGAGAGACGGGCUGGAAAUGUAGGCCCUUCAGCAAAGACUCACUUGUUCUUGGACUACAAUGUUCUUCCCCAGGGCCUACACCCCACAGGACCCCAUAUCCCUAGUGGUGACUUCUGUUGGCUCCCAAACUUAAGACAACCAUCUCUUCUAAACAUAAAGGGCAUCUGGUCAGUCCCAGUGGUGAAUAAAAAUGGCAAAUUUAAGUUCACCAUCCUGAGUAGAUUCUCAAAGAUGGUCCUGACUGGAUCUCUUUAUACAUAGCUCCCACCCAAAGGGGGAAUGAGGGGCCUGAGACUAGAAGCCAUUCUAGUCUUUCCCACAGUAUGGGAGGAGGCUGUUCCCUCCACCACAGGUGCCCCGAGAGGCUGAGACCAGGCCAGGUCUUCGGCCCUACCUGGUUUAUGAAGGAAGAGGAGGGCUCCAUGCAGGAACGGCUCCGCCUCCCCUCACCUUCCCACAUGCUGGUUGCCAUGAAAGCUGCCUCUGGCCUGGUCUUCUAGUUGCUACCCAGUUAAAAGUUCCGCCUCUGCCGCUUGAUCUGUAAUGUGUGCACUUAACAGGGCAUUCAGAGUUGUUAGGCCCAUAGGACAAGGACUGUCUGCUCUGGGGGGCACAGACCAAGUAUAUGCAGGGAGGGCUCCCAAUAAGCAAACACUAAAGAUUUCUAGCACUGCCACUGCUUUUAAAGACCGCCCUUGUUGAGCCUACCAGAGCAGCUGAUACACCUGCAGAACAGGGAGCCAUUGUGUCUGAAACCAGGGCUGGAGCUUGUUUCUUGAAUUGUCUGGGAGCCCAGUAUCUGCCUGGAGGAAUCCAGGAAGUAGAAGAGAACCUCCACAAGACUAGCCUGAGGCCAGCUUCGUGAACUGCAGCCUGGCAGCCUGGCCCAAGGUCCCCCUCGCCCUAGGAUGCUGGCUCUUCCUUCCCUCCUUUUACACACUCCCUACCCUACACAGGGGGAUACAAUGGGUACUGACUCUAAUUAUUGCCAGGAUAAACAUGGAACCAGAAGUUUCUCUGUAACCUGCUAUGAAGGAAAAUGACAAGUGAUUAAUAAAUGUGUACUACACUGAAA